AUGAACGGCCGUGUACUUCCCGAGAGCGGCGGCUUCUGCCCCGACCUCGCCGACUAUUCCCGCAGUGACCCGGGUCCCCAGACGGACACGGCCGAACUGGAUGCUCUGAUUGUCGGCGCAGGCUUUUCCGGAAUAUUCAUGCUCAAAACACUUCGGGACCGUGGCUACCGAGUCGUCGUAUACGAGGCGGGUAACGAUACCGGAGGCACCUGGCGGUGGAAUGCGUACCCUGGAGCCGCAGUCGAUAGCCAGGUGCCCGAGUACGAGUUCUCGUGGCCCGAGGUAUGGAAGACCUGGGACUGGACGACCAAUUACCCCGGCUAUAAGGAGCUGCGGGCCUACUUCGACCACGUCGACAAGGUGCUCGACGUCAAAAAGGACUGCUCGUUCAACACCAUCGUGACGGGGGCCGAGUUUGACGUGCACAAGGGUCGGUGGAAUGUCGCCACGCAAGACGGCAGGAAUACCACGGCAAAGAGCUUGAUCCUGGGAACAGGUUUCUCUGCAAAGAGAUAUGUGCCCGACUGGCCCGGCAUCAACAACUUCAAAGGAACCAUCCACCACUCGUCCUUUUGGCCGGACAGGGACAUUGACGUGCAAGGCAAACGAUGCGCAGUCAUUGGCACGGGAGCGUCUGGAGUGCAGAUUGUCCAGGCUUGGGGCCCCGUGGCCGGCGAGCUCAAGGUCUUCCAGCGGACUCCGAACCUGGCCGUCCCGAUGCGGCGCCGAAGCCUCGGCGCCGAAGAGCAAGGGUCCAAGAAGGCAAGCUAUCCUCAGCUCUUCAUGUACCGCGAAAAGACGUUUGCCGGGUUCCACUUUGACUGGUUCGAGAGAAACGCGCUGGACGAGACGGCCGAGGAGCGGCAGCGGCUCUUUGAAGAAACCUGGGCCGCCGGCGGCUUCCACUUCUGGCUGUCCAUCUACAAGAACACGCUCACCGACGCGGCGGCCAACACCGAGGCCUACAACUUUUGGGCGCACAAGACGCGCCCGCGCGUCAAGGAUGCGCGCAAAAGGGACCUGCUCGCCCCGCUGGAUAUGCCGCACUUCUUUGGCAUCAAGCGGCCGUGCCUGGAGCACAGCUACUACGAGCAGUUUAACCAGCCGUCGGUCGACGUCGUGGACGUCAGGAGCAACCCGAUUGAGCGGUUCACCGAGACGGGCAUCACUCUCAAGGAUGGGACGCACCACAAGUUUGACGUGAUUGCCAUUGCCACGGGCUUUGACGUUGUUACAGGAGGCAUGACCCAGCUCGGGCUCAAGAGCAUCGACAACACCCGCCUCGACGAAGAGUGGUCCCACGGCACGAGCACCUAUCUCGGUACCACGGUGAGCGGCUACCCCAACAUGUUCCACCUGUACGGCGCCCAUGGCCCGACGCUGCUGUCCAACGGCCCCUCGUGCAUUGAGCUCCAGGGCCGCUGGAUCGCCGACUGCAUCGACAAGAUGCAGCGUGACAAGAUCAAGCACGUCAACCCCAAGCGCGAGGCCGCGCGCGCCUGGAAGCAAAAGGUCGUUGAAAUCAACAACACCAUGCUGUUCCCGACGACCCAGUCGACGUACAUGGGCGGCAACGCUCCCGGCAAGCCUUACGAGCCCGUCUGCUUUCCGGGUGGGUUGGCGGCGUACACGUUGGCAAUCAGGACUGCGCUUGACAGCAUGGAGGGCUUCGAUGUGGUGUAUGAGUAG